AUGACCAGCUGUUUGCUCCAAGUCGUACUUGGGACCGCGCCCAUAUUCGCGCAGUUCUUUCUAGUCAUUUCGCCAGCUUACCUCCUCUGGAAGGUGGGUCGCGUACCUGGAAUUGCCAUCGACAUUUCUACGGAAUCGCUUGUUCUGCUCAUGGCUAUCCAUGCCUAUCGCUACCGAGACAUUUACGCCAACCCGCUCAGCAGCGACCAUCUCGGCAAGUUGCUUCAUCUCUUCGGUUUCGGCUUGCUGGUCUUGACCGUCAAUUAUUACCAGCGACGUGCGACUCUUUGCCAGCCGCCAACCGAUGCGCUCUACGUUGAGGAACAAGUGCAUGUGCAACACGAUAGAUGGCACGAGACGAAGCAGCAGGAUGAGGAACAACAAGUUGAAUCGCUCGUCACACUUGGGUCUGCCGAGACCGCUGUGCAGACCAGCGCACCAUCUGAGCGGAAGCGUGUAUGCUUUGACCCCCGGCUCUUCGCCUCGCUCGUCAUUUGGCCUUUUGUAACCACACUCUACACUGGUGAACACUCGCUUCUGUCUCGUGUCAUCUCGAUGUACUAUGCCGAACCUCUCAAUCCGUUCUGGCCCGACUUGGCCAUCCAGCUCGACCUCUUGUUUACGUUGCUCGAGCUUAACGCGCUCGUAGUCUUGCUCGUGCGCUUUACGCACCAGCGUCGUGUAGUGCUCAAUGUUGCAUCUCCUUCAGCGCACAUCGGUGCGAUGGGAAUCGACACACAAUCGCUCAAGCCAAGCCUGCCAGUCCCAACUAGCCUGUGGAUCUUCACGGGCGGUCUCCAGCUCAGUGCCGCACUCACCCUGCUGACUUUGGUCGAUGACCUGGUUUCGAGUAUUGCACACCAACGUCCACAGGCUGAACGCGAAAUACUCAUCUUCCACCUCGUGGGUUACUCGAUGCAGCUCCUGAUUUGGUUCGGCUUCUUCGUGUUUAACCACUUCUCCAUGGCUCGCAUCAUCCAAAGGCGGUAG